AUGACGAAGCAAAGGAUUGUGAUCAAGGUGCACAUGACGUGCGACAAGUGCCGGAGAAGCGCUCUGGCUUUAGCUGGCUCGACGUACGGGGUGCAGUCCGUGGGGAUCGAGGGGGAGGAGCGCGACCAGCUGGUGGUGGUCGGCGACGGCGUGGACGCCACCAGCCUGACGAGCUGCCUGCGGAAGACGGUGAAGGUGGGCAGAGCGGACAUCAUCAAGGUGGAGGAGGUCGUUGAAGAGAAGAAAGCGGCGGCGGCGGCGGCCACCGGCUGUAGCAAUCCCGUGGCCGCAUGCCCGCCGCAGUGGUACCCCUACCACCCCGGCUAUGGCUAUUACUGCCCCCGGACGGGCGUCGUCUACCCCUACGCCGCCGGCGGCCACUGCUACGUCGAGGACUCCGACGAGGGUUCAUGGUGCGCCAUCAUGUAGGUGUGCACGGAUCGAGUUGGGAAAUCUGCAAGCAUUUGAUCGAUCUCUGGAUGAUCUUGUCAAGUGCAGUAGUACUUUGUGGCCGAGAAAAAAAAUAAAUAUAGGGAAAGUCAUAUGGGUGCAGCCGUGUACUCGUGUUUAAGCAGGGGUUU